AUGGCAGUAGAAGCAGGUGCUGGCCUGAACGGCCAUUCCUCCGACUCAUCUACAAUUCCCAAACCAACCACGAGUUCUGAAGGCAAUGACCUCCCGACUCAGCCAGACAUGAUGGACAAGGAAGAAGUCCCGAUUGAAUAUAUCCACGGCCCUCGGUAUGGGUUCAUUUUCGCGACUAUCGCAAUCAUGAUGUUUAUGACAAACAUGGAGAUCCCAGUCCUCAUUACAGCUUUGGUUGCUAUCACUAAGGAUCUUGGUGGUUUUGGCGAUGUGAGUUGGGUAGUUUCCAGCUACCUCCUGGGUUAUGUCGCCGUCAUCGUCAUCUUCGCCAAAUUCAGUGACAUUUUCGGCCGAAAGCCCAUCUUCUUGCUGUCCACUGCUAUCUUCAUCAUAUUUUCGGCCGCCUGUAGUGCCGCCCAGACAUUGACACAACUCAUUAUCUUUCGAGCUUUCCAGGGCAUCGGCGGUGGCGGAUGCUUCUCUCUCUGCACGAUCAUGAUUUUCGACCUCGUGCCGCCAGAUAAGUAUGCACAGGUUGUAGCGAAUGUUUCCAUAACAAAUGCUUUAGCUCUUCUCGCGGGACCUAUUGUUGGUGGAGCUAUAGCGGCCGAUACUACUUGGAGGUGGAUCUUCAUUAUCAAUGUUCCGAUUGCCGCCCCAGCCUUCAUUAUAACGGUCCUCGCUAUGCCGAAUGGUUUUCCAAACCAUGGGCAAAUAAGUCGUCGAAUGACAACAAGUAACAAAGGCCUCAUUGUAAAGAUUACGUCUGGACGCAUAGAUAUACCGGGAACGGUUUUGAUUCUCUUGGCCGUACUGGGGUUGACAGCUGCCUUUGAGGAGGCUGAUAAGCUGUUCCCAUGGAGAUCCGCAUACGUGAUAGCCUUAUUAGUCGUGUCUGGAAUCCUAUGGGUUUUGCUUAUUUUGUGGGAGAGGCACGUUACACUCUCCAACAGUGUUCGGGAACCAGUGCUGUCGUGGAGGUUUCUUACCAACAGCCAAAUGGUGGGCACAUUACUGAACUUUGUUCUGUUGGGAGGACCCACGGUCGUUGGAAUGUUCAUCAUUCCGCAGAGGUUCCAACUGGUCUAUGGCACUUCCGGGCUCGAUGCGGGUGUUAGGUUGAUCCCAUUCACUGCAGCCAUGCCGUUCAGCGCAAUAGUUGCAUCUGGCCUCGCCGGAAAGCACAAGGUCCCACCUUUGUAUCUCAUCAUAGCAGGUUCCUGUCUGCAAGUGAUUGGGUUCGCUAUGAUGGGCACACUGCCUUCGACACUUAGCAUACCUGCACGAAUUUACGGCGCUGAGCUCAUCGCCGGAUGGGGUUGCGGGAUGAACUUCACGUUGCUGUUCUUGAUAGUACCAUUUAUCAUUGAAAAACGCGACCACGCCAUUGGUCUUGCCGCUUCAUCGCAGUUCAGAUUGAUUGGUGGUUCAAUGGUUCUAGCCAUCUCAACUUCUGUCUUCAACAGCUAUGCGAGACCACGACUUCAAGACUUGGGUGCAGGUGACCCAGAUGCCAUGGUAUUAGUCCUCGCCACUCUUCCCAAGGCUAUACAAGAGCAGAUCCGGUACACUCUAGCCGAGGGGUACAGUCGCCAAGCCCUCACUCUUUGCGCAUCCGCCGCGCUACAAGUCCCCGCCUCUCUACUCAUGUGGAAGAAGAAAGCUCUGGUGGUUUAG